AUGUUUGUACACGGAUUGGCAAUCAAACUCCAGUACCGAGUCCUUAUGAUGUCCUGGGUAAAAUGCAACACUGCUGCAAGAUGCUGUGCACGAGGGAGAGACUACAGCAGUGCUAUGCCCGUGAAAUACAUUCCUAGAAAUUCUUUAAAGAGCGAAGAAGAUGGAGCCGCUUCCCUCCCUGUGAAGUAUGUAGAAAAAAGGCAUAAUGGGCCGGAGUUAAAUUUAGCCAGGGUCGGUUUUUCGACGAAUUCAAGUGACGGGUUUUUGGAUGUUAACUCCAAGAAUCGUGCUGCGUGCCGUGAUACUGAUAUGUAUGGGCUAAAUUUAGAGAUGGAAGAAAAACACGAGGGAGAUAUCGUGGCCUUGGAUGAUGGAAUUAUAGAAGAGACUGAGGAAAUUGUUGAAGAUAGUUUUAGAUCACUUAGCGGAAUUCAAUCAGGUCCUAGUCGGCAAGCUGUGGAGAAGCUGGCGAUUGAGUUGCUUGCUUCGAGAGCAUUUACUGCUCUGGAGCUGAAGAAGAAACUACAAGCUAAGAGGUUUCCACUUGACAUUAUCGAGUCCGUGAUGUCAGACUUCCAGAGCAGGGGUCUUAUUAAUGACGGUUUAUAUGCGGAAACAUAUUCUCGGUCCAGAUGGUCUUCCUCUAGCUGGGGCCCACGACGUAUCAGACAAGUAAAUUACUCUAUCUUAUGCAUGGACUUUGAUUACUAA